AUGGAAAGACCAAUUAAUGAUUUAGAUACAAUUUUGGCCGAAAUAGGCCAAUUCGGCAUGUUGCAAACAUUGAACUUCAUUUUAAUUUGCUUCCCCAUGGUAUAUAGUGGAAUGGAGUUGAAUUACUUCUUUACAGCGAGCGGGGUUGAGCAAAGAUGUCGCAUAGACGAAUGUGAUCCAGAAGAUACGACGGCCCCAGCAUUUUUACCACUGUGGAUAGAUAACAGUGUACCAUUCGAAAGCGGAGUGCCCUCCAAAUGUACGCGAUACAAACUAAGCAAUUCUAAGGAUACGAGUACUUCGUAUAUUGACAACAACAGCAAAAAUAGCAACAGCAGCCCAUUUUGUCCCGGCAACAUGUUUGAUCAAACAGCCACUGAGUCGUGUAGCGAAUUUAUUUAUAAAACCGAAGAAAAAACCAUCGCAACCGAGUGGGGUCUGUCUUGCCCAAACGAUGCCUGGAAGCUAGCAGCUAUUGGAACACUCCAUAAUUUCGGACAACUCAUUGGCGUACCAACAGGUGGUUAUGUAUCAGACAGAUAUGGUCGACGCAAAGUCCUAGCGCUAGCAGGAACUCUGGGUGCAUCGAUGAGUAUCAUCCAAUCGUUCUCCAUCAACUAUGCCAUGUUUGCCGUAUUUGAAGUACUGAGCGCAGCUUUUUGGUGUACGGUGUAUCCAACGGUUAUGGUCCUUGCAUUGGAAUUGGUUCGGCCUACUAAGCGUCCCUUAUUCACUUGUAUUUUGACUGCAUUUUAUCCGUUGGGGGCAGUUGCAAUGGGCGUUGUUGCCAAACAUGUCCCAAACUGGAGGCAUUUCUUGAGGUUUUUGUUUAUUCCUGGGCUUCUGCAUAUAAUAUACUUUUGGAUUAUAAGUGAGAGUAUUCGCUGGUUAUUAGCUAAGGGAAGAUAUGAUGUGGCGAUACGUGAUCUAAAAAAAGCGGCCAAUUUUAAUAAAACUCCGCUAUCGGAGGAAUCAAUCGAGAAAUUUUCCUUAUACUGCGAAUUACAUAAAGAGACUUCAAGACGAGUUUCCGGUAAAUCGUACCCCAUUCGGCAUGCAUUCACAUCAAGGAAGCUUUUCUGGCGAAUCUCAAUUUGCUCAUUCUGUUGGUUCGCGAUUUUUUUAAAUUACUACGGGCUAAGCUUAAAUUCAGUAUCACUUGUUGGCAAUAAACAUUUAAAUUUUAUAUUAGUAUCUUUGAUGGAAGGACCAGCGUCUCUAGUUUUCUACUUCGCAGCAAAUUCAAUGGGAAGACGAUCUUCCCAGAGUUGUUUUCUAAUUGCCAGCGGAGUGGCCUGUCUUUCAUCAUAUUUGGUGAAUAAUAAUCACCCAUGGCUAGCAUUUGCACUUUAUCUUUUUGGAAAACUUGCUGCAAGCGCGUCUCUUAUAAAUAUGGUUGUCUACACAUCGGAACUCUUCCCAACUAAUCUUCGACAAAGUUUAUUUUCCUUUUGUGCAAUGUUCGGACAAAUUGGUUCAAUGAUAGCACCACAGACCCCAUUACUUGCACAAACUUUCCCAUCGCUACCGUUGAUAAUAUUUGGAUCCUGCGGGAUUGCUUCAGGGCUACUAGUGCUGAAAUUCCCUGAAACUUCGGAUGUAACGCUCCCAAUGACCGUCGAUGAUGCAGAGAAUGUGGGCAAUGAUGUCACCGAAACAACUGAAACCGAAAAUAUUUAG